ACUGUGCGAUCGUCUAUCAACUGCCUAUCGAUAUAUCAAUUCAAGAUUCUACAAAUUAUUUUCAUUUCUGAUGAUCUUUUCAAUUUCUAAUUUACGCAUGCGUUUUGGUUUAUCGGCGCUCGAACAGAGAUCCGCCGCCAUCUAGUAGAGUAAAACGUAAGUAAAGCAAUAAAAAGGGCAAAAAGGAAAACAACCAAAUAGGUUAGAAGAGUUUGUUUACUUUUGAAGAAAAAAAGCCAAUAAUCUAAAAAGUUACUGCAAUUGCAUCGUUGUUCAAACAGUAAGGAUAGCAAUAAUUGAAGCGAUUUCGUGUUCAGUUAUGGCAAAAGUUGCAUCCUACAAUCAGUAAAUUGAUGAAAAAACAGUAUUGCCAUAUUUCAUAUCAAUACUGUAAGCUAUGAAAAUUCGAAUAAACAUUCUGCUGUGGUAUAUUAUAUUGAUUGUAAAACAAUAUUGACUCGAAGGAAAUGAAAUGAAAAUAAAUAACGGCGAUGGCUGGUGGACGUCGAUGGACUGGAGGACGUAAUGUGACGAAUACGCGGUUGCCAGUAAGCAAUGCUAAUAAUGCAGUAUCUACAGCAAACUCAUGUCCAGCUUCUCAAUACAGCAGUAUCGAUGAGAAAAAGAAUCUUGGAGAUUCAUUGUCGUAUGGGCGCACACCAGCACCAAAGCAUGUCCCUAUACCAACUAUUCCGACCGAUGGACAGCUCCACUUUGAAGUUCUUUCCCUUUGCACAUGUCUUGUUGCUUCUUCGUUACAAUUUCUCAAUUUGUACAGGACUGUCUGGUGGUUGCCACAGUCAUACAAUGAUUACAGUAUGAACUCUUAUUUGAUAGAUCCAUUUCUUAUAAUAUUUAUUAUAACUAUGGCGUCCAGGCAAUUUUUUUAUGCACUGUUGUGUAAAUAUUUGGAGAUUAUUGCAUCACCUCGGCUAGCGCCAAUUGCUCAAAGAGUAACGAGGAUAUUUCUUUUAAUUAUUAUUAUAUUUAUUCUUGUUUGGUGUCUGUACCACAUGAGUGAGAGACAUAAUUCUAUCAAAGUUUUUUACCUUUGCUACCCCAUAUCUGUCUAUUUUUUAAUGUUUGGAGUUCAUAUAGGACCUUUUUUUGACACAUCCACUGCUCCAUUGUACAUCAAAGAAGACAGGAAAACUAAAUUUAUAUUAGACAAACCACUUCACAACUGUUCAUUGAAUGCUGCAGCAAUUAGGGCAGAAGUGGCAAGUUUAAAAUCAGAUUUUAAUCAUAGAUUGAAGAGGGCUCUAUUUACUUCUUCUGGAAAUGCUUACCUGUGUGGUGUUGCACCUGUGAUAUUUGUUCCUCAACAAUUACAUUUUGAUCUUACCUGGAUUGUACAGCACAUUCUUAUGAUUUGGCUUGGCAGUGUGGGUACUCAUUUCACCCAAACAUUUCCAGUCAGGUAUUGUGAUGUUUUGCACCGAAGUGCACUUCAUCUAGGUAAGUGGACAAAGGUUGAUAACAAAUAUGCCCACUUGAGUGCGCAACCCUGGAAUGAUGCUGUUUUAUGGUCUCAUGGAUCGGUAGUAAGAUACAAUAAUAAAGUUUAUCGUUCAGAGGGCCUGUGUACAACGGCUGAACCAGGAAAUUCAAGUCACUACAGAUUUUAUAUAUUAUUUGGGAACCCCAUUGUUCUACAGUCUUCGUUACUUGCCUUGGUUUUUGGGCUUGUUCUCAGUCAGCUUAUAAUACUGUUUCGAACAACAGAGUGGUACAAGAUAUUGUCCAUGAGUCUUUUGGUAGUAACAAAUUACAAUACACUCUUCAGGCUGACAAGAGACUACUUUGUGUGUUGGAAGGUUUAUCGUGCAGAGCAAAUAAUACAAGAGAAAGCGCAAGUUGCAUUGUCAAACAGCUCUCAAUAAAUACAAAGG